AUGACUGGAUUCUAUGUUUCUCUGUUCAUCUCAAACUACUCAAAUGUCUCUUCCCACUUAUCUCCGACAUUUGAAAACAUCCCGUCCAACAAGAUCGUACCGACACCGAUUGAGAAUGUUGUCUCUUUGGUCUCUCGUACCGGACGCGAUUUACAGCUAUACAACAGCUCCGGUCAUCGUCAAGUCGUCGGAUGUAUACCUUACAGAUACAAGAAACAUGGAGGUGGAGAGAUUGAAGUACUUUUAAUAAGUGCACAGAAGAAAGGGAAAGGAAUGUUAUUACCAAAAGGAGGUUGGGAGAUUGAUGAAACAAUGGAAGAAGCAGCUUUAAGAGAGACAAUAGAAGAAGCUGGUGUAACAGGAACACUCGAAGAGACACUUGGGAAAUGGCAAUACAAAAGCAAAAGACACAACAUGAUUCACGACGGUUACAUGUUUCCUUUGCUUGUUAGCCAACAGUUUGAGCAAUGGCCUGAAUCCCAAAUCAGACAACGUAAAUGGGCAAGUUUGUCUGAAGCGAUCGAGUUGUGUCAGAAUUGGUGGAUGAGAGAAGCUUUGGAAGCUUUCAUCAACAGGAAAUGCCAAGGACAAUGA